AUGGGGCAUCCUUUGGCAGCUCUCGCGUGGCUCUUAUGGCUAUCUUUGCCAUCGUGGGCGUGGAUCACUCCUCAUCAUCGCUCGCCAUCCAUCUCAUUAUUCCUCGCUGGGGCAAAACAUCAGCCUGCACGCCGUCUAUCGCCCAUCUACAUGCUCAAUAAUAAUGGAGAUACCAAGGAAUCCAGCAGCAUGGGAUUGAAUGAGUUGCAGACAUUGCUUCGACAGGCAUCGCAACGACAGGACUUUCUAGAAGCGCAACGGCUCUCGGACGUCGUGGCUUCUCGACUCUAUGGCGACAUGACGAAUGUAGAUGAUGAAACCAGACGAUUACGACGACGAAAAAUGUCCUGGCGAGGACUGGGAGCAGCUCCAUGGCUGGUGGAUCGAUUGGAUAGUUUGAACUACACUUUCCCUACUUCCGUGCAAAUCUGUUCCAUGGAAUCGGUCAAUGCCAUUCUCAACAAUACCAAUGAAAUAGUGGAGACCACAUCGCUGGAAGAACGAAUGGGAAUGGAUGACAGUAACAUGGGCAUUGUCAUUAGUGGAAAUACUGGUUCUGGCAAAACAUUGGCCUAUUUGGUGCCACUUCUCAGCACUCUCAGCGACUCUCUCUUUACACGACAACGAUUACGAGUAGGAUGGGAAGAAACAGUUGGAGACACCAUGGGAGACCUCAUGGAACGAGUUGCUGUAGUCACUUCCCCCGUGGUUCGCUCACGAGCCCGAAAGCAAAUGCGACAAAAUGGUGCUAUUGCAACGGGAGCUUCUCUAUCGACGCUGGGAAAGAGCAAUAAGGAAGAUAUCAAAUCUCCCCUGGCAUUGAUUGUUUGUCCCGCACGGGAACUGGGAGUCCAAAUUGCCUUGCUGCUCUACUCGCUGAUUGGUGGCAAUGUCAAAAAGGAAGCAACAGAACUGUCUGGCAAGGCCAACAGUUUCCGUUAUAAGGGCCCCAAGGGUAUCCGCAUAGCCUGUGUCUUGGAUGACGAAGAAGCUAUUUAUGGACUCAAGCUUCAAACGGAUAUCGCCAUUACAACUCCAGAAUACGUUGGCAAACUGAUUGCUGACGGAGAUAUUGUCCCUUCCAAAUUGCGUGCGGUCAUAUACGAUGAGGCUGACUUGGCUUUGGAACAAACUGACAUUGAGGAUUUGCAGCGUCUCUUUGCUGAUGAUAAUGAAGAACGUGAAAACUCUCGCCUAACCUUCUUGGUCGGCGCCAGUGUGACCAAGUCCUUGGGGAACCUGGCUGUCAGUUCGCAUGUACUGCCCGAGAGUCGGAGCUAUAUCGCCACAGCUACCAGCUUUGCACCUCUUUCAGACAACUCGGAAGACGACAGCACUGACAUUAAGGACGACAUUGUGGGGGAACGUCAGAAAACAGCAUCCCUGCAAGACUUGGACGUGUGUUUGGAUUCUGGUCUGCGGCAUGAACGUGUUGUUGUACGGUCGCAGGAUACCAGCCAACUCUUGGUACUCACACGACUCUUGCGAAAGGAACUGCGGGAGUACGACGUACACGUCGCCGCUGGCAACAAUCCUCCCAUGCAACGACCACGAGUGGUGGUGUUCUUUCCGGACGAAGUUGCCGCGAAGGCAGCCAUUGAACCACUGCGAGAUGCCAUGUGGGGCGAGCAUAAACUCUGUGUUUUGCUGCCAAAGACCGGCGAAACCCCAUUGAACAUAAUGGAACAGUUCAGGGAUGCGAAAACUUCGGUUAUGCUGGCUACUGCCAAUUCGGUGCGAGGCCUGGAUUUCCCGUCUGUUUCAUCCGUCUACACGUUGUAUCUACCCAAAAAUGAUCCUCGGGAGUACGUCCACUUGGCUGGCCGUGUUGGACGAAUCGGUCAAAUGGGAAGCGUCAAAGGUGGAGGUGGCCGUGUGGUGUCGGUCCUAAAGGAAGGUGAAGAGGCGGACGAAUUGGAAUCGUUGGCUUCAUCGCUAGGCUUUGAAUUCACCGACACUGUGCCUGAAUUCGAUGAUGGUAUUGUGAGGUUGGACGAUGGCACAAUAGACGUUGAAGGAACCGACGUGGAGAAGCUGCGUAGGAUGUUGGAAGACAAUAUGAGUUUGUUGAGCUUGGCAGACGACCCGACGACAAUAGACGUCGAGGCUUCUGGUGCGGAGUACGUUGACGACGACGACGACGACGAAGAAGAAGAAGACGACGAAGACGAGGAGGAGGACUAA